UGGUCGGUGACUUUCUGUCUAGGAUCGGGGACCUUUAUUAAAAACCCAAAUUUGGCAAAGGAGUAGGGAAGUCAGUUUCUACUCACUAUUACCAAAUACUUGCAAUCCAUUGCUCAAAAACUAAGAAAAUAAAUCAGUGCUAACCGAAUACCUGAACAAAAAUCCAGGCUAAGAGGCUACAGGCCAUUACAGGCUAACGACCCUGAACCCCCGGUGACACUGAACUUGCCCCGCGGCAAGUCGGUCAACAGAAUGUCCAGCAUGGCACGUUUUCGCAAGGCGAGUCGUCCAAGUGAGGAGCUCGAACCGGAGGCGAGUGCAUCAUUGCUGAAGUCAUCCCCGAAUAUAUUGGAGAACUUUUCCUACGACGAGUUCCAGCCGGCCAAUCAUCCGCUCCUCAAGCGCAUGGCCACCUCACCCACCGCCCAUUCCGGCUCCCAGAGCAGCUCAUCCUCGUCCACCUCCUCGUCGCGGAAGGAGCCCAAGUUCUGCGACACCUUGGAGCGGCAUGCCUUCAUGCGGAAUGUAAUCAACCGGCAGCCGGAAAGUGUGCGCCGCUACUCGAGUCCCGGCGAGAAGGAAGCCCAGGUGCGGCGAAGUCUGGAGGAGAUCACCAAAGACCUCAAGGAGAUCGAGCAGUUUGUCAGCGCCACCGAGGAGCUGCUGCAGAAGGAGAAGGAGCAGGAGCAGGUCCUGAACUCCAACAAGGAGAACAAGUGCCCCAGUCCGGUUAAGAGGGUCACCUACAAGAUAAACGCCUACAAGGCUCCGCCGAGGAGACAUCGACCUGGUAGCCCACGGUUCUACCACUCCAGGCUGUACUUCAGGAAUGGCAAGAUUGGCUGUGUGGACUCCACGGAGCACCAGAACAAUGUGGGCGCCACCCAUGCUCUGGUCAAGCACAUACUGCAUCACGAGAAGCCUCUGGUGAGUCCGGAUAGUGUGCGGAGGGUGCUCGAGCAGGAGAAGGAGGAGAGCUUCGAAAUGGUUCCACUACCAGGAGCUGUUCCCGAGAUUGUGCCGGAUCCCAUUGCCAUCCAGCGGGCAGAGGAAUUGGCAGCAGCCACGGGUCAGGUGGUUCUACCCGCGGAGGAGGAGGAUCCAGUGGAAUCCAUUCCCAUUAUCGACGAGGAUGAGCAGGAUGUGCAGAUUUGCUACAACGAGUCACCGGAACUCCAGAACGAAGAUCGCAACGAACGAGCCCGAGGAACACCCUCCAUUAAUGAAAGCGAGAUAGUGGCAGUGGAUGAACCGGACACGGAAAUGAAUGUGGAGAUGGACCUGGAGCACCGCAAGCCGAGCAGCACAGGCAGCUUGGACUCCCAAGGUCAGCAGUUCCUCCGCGAUCAAGUGCGUCAUUUGGUUCGCCGCUUCACAGCCAGAGCCAACAAGGUCAAGUCCCGGAUUGAGCUGCCACCAACUCCUUCCUCCAGCAGCACAGCCAGUUCGCCAUCUCCUCCUCCAACCAAGAGUCUGCAUCCCAGUCCCCAGCACAAGGUGCGCCUGGUGCCGGCGGGUCAGUCUCCCCAUCGAGGAAGGCUCUUUGAGGCCGACACUCCCCGCUCGAAUGUGUGGCUCUGUUCCAGUUUGUGCGGCGCCAACAACGAUGAGCGCACCCUGGAUCCCCAGGGCAAGAUCUACAUCUCCUGGCUGUGCGUGGUAUCGCUAUCCUUCCUCUACAACGCCUGGGUCAUACCGCUGCGCGCAUCGUUUCCCUUUCAGACCAAGGAGAACACCAACAUCUGGCUGGCCUGCGACUAUUGUGCUGACAUAGUAUACCUCCUGGAUGUCGUCUUCUUCAAGCACCGGGUUAUGUACCUCUUCGAGGGAUUUUGGGUUAAGAACAAGAAUCUAACCAGGAAGAACUACAUGCGAAAGCUGCAAUUCAAGUUGGAUCUUCUGGCGCUUCUCCCGUUGGACUUAUUAUACCUACAGUUGGGAACAGGAGCCGUUUGGUUGCGUUUUCCUCGGUUCUUCAAGAUUCAAAGCUUUUGGGAAGUGUUCCGCCUUUUGGAUCGUGUGAUAUCUUCCCCACACUUUGUUCGCGUAGCCAAAACCUUGACCUACAUGCUGUACAUGAUUCACAUCACGGCUGCCCUCUAUUAUGCCUACAGUGACUACCAGGGAUUGGGACAGAAUCGUUGGGUCUUCAGCGGCAAGGGUCAUCCGUAUGUGAGGUGCUUCGCCUUCGCCACCAAAACGGCCACCUCGAUAGGCAAGAAUCCAAAGCCAGAACGACAAGGGGAGUACGUCUUCAUGACGGUGGCCUGGCUAAUGGGCGUGUUUGUCUUCGCCUUGCUCAUCGGACAGAUCAGAGACAUCAUCUCGACAGCCACUCGAAACAAACACGAGUAUCGCCAGUUGGAGGAUGAGACGCUGGAGUAUAUGCGACGGCUUAAUCUCUCCCAGGAGGUGCAGUCCAGGGUCAAAAUGUGGUUCCAGUUCACUUGGGAGCAGCAGCGCACUUUGGAUGAAUCCAACAUCCUAGACGCCUUGCCCAUCAACCUUAAAACCGACAUCGCCAUCUCCGUGCACAUUCAAACCCUCUCCAAGGUACAACUCUUUGCCGAUUGCGAAGAGGCUUUACUCAGAGAUCUGGUCUUAAAGCUACGAGCCGUAACCUUUCUACCGGGAGAUUUCGUUUGUCGCAAGGGCGAGGUUGGCAGAGAGAUGUACAUCGUGAAACUUGGUCAAGUCCAGGUGAUGGGUGGUCCUGGCAGCGAUGUGGUGCUCGCCACUUUGACAGAAGGCUCCGUUUUCGGCGAGAUCAGCCUGCUGGGUAUCAAUGGAGCUGAUCGCAGGACAGCCGAUGUGCGCUCCAAGGGCUACUCCAACCUGUUUGUGCUGUCAAAGUCCGAUUUAAACGAGGUCAUCGCUUACUAUCCAACUGCACAGGCGAUCCUCAAGAAGCGAGCCCGUCAAUUGAUGAGGAAAAAUGCAGCCAGGGAGCGGGAGGAGGAGCGCGAGCGAGCCCGCAGUGCCCUCCAGGCAGAUGUGGUAAUUGGCAACCGCAAUCCGAAAACACCGCCACCGAAGCUCCUCCAGACAGUCAUCCAGGCGCUGCCGUUUGAAUCCCCAGCCGUGGUGCUCAUCACCAGGGGUUCCAAGAGGAUGCGUCGCAAACGGCAGUCGCUGCAGAUGGAGACUAUUGUGGAGCCCAAAAUGGAGAUCACCGGAGCCGCCGAGUCGCAGGAUCAAAAGACGAGCUUGAAGCCGGGACGAUGCUCGCCAGAUUUACUCUCCUCCAUCCAGCAAGAGCUGAAGUCCAAGCACAAGUUUAUCAACCUCACGGAUUCCGAGAAGGCGCUGAUCAGCCAAUCGGCGAACAAUUCCCUGGAGGACAUGAAGGUGGUGGAUCUCUAAGAUUGUAUAGCCAAUUCCCUAU